AAGUAUAAAGAAUUUUUAUUGGCACAACAAAAACAAAUAAAGAAGAGAGCUAAAGAACCGAAAACAAGCUAUGUGGAACGACAGAAUGUCUUCGUCUUCGUCUUCUCCAUGGCCAUUACUUCGUUACUCGAUACAGUUUUCAGUAGAAGAAAGAAGAAGCCUAAUGAUUUCAUAAGCAUUUUGGAAUUCGACUUCGACACUAUUAGAGUUGCAACUAAAAGGUUAUCCGAUCUGAUUGGUCGUGGCGGGUUUGGUUUUGUUUACAAGGGUAGGCUUAAAAGCGGAGAAGACAUAGCAGUCAAGAGAUUGUCAAGAAGCUCCACUAGAAGCGAGAGAGAUUUUCGUAAUGAACUCGAGAUUUUGUCUAAGCUUCGGCACAAGAAUCUGAUCCAUCUUCUUGGUUUCUGCUCUGAAAGAGACCAACAUUACCUUGUUUAUGAGUUCAUGCCUAACUCAACCCUCGAUUGUUUUAUAUCUGAUCCAUGUAGAGCUUCUCAGCUAAAUUGGAAGAUGUGUAAAGACAUAGUCGAAGGCAUAGCUCGAGGGCUACGUUACCUUCAUGAAGAAUCCGGGUUAUGGAUCGUUCACCGCGACAUUAAACCUAAAAAUAUUCUAUUGGAUUCAUACUUUAAACCGAAAAUCACGGGGUUUGAAUUGGCUAGGACGAUGCAACAAGGUGGAAAUGAAGCGGAAACAACUGGAGUUGCCGGUACCAUAGGGUAUUUAGAUCCGGAGUACUUGCGAACGGGACGUGUUUCUGUCAAAUCUGAUGUUUAUGCCUUUGGAGUUACCAUCUUGACGAUCAUCAGCAGAAGAAGGGCUUAUAGUUCGGCCGAAGAACCUCUAAUCGGAUAUGUUAUGGGAUGCUGGAACAGAGGAGAAGCCAUCGAUGUGAUCCACGAAGAGAUGAGAGAAGAAGAAGGAGAAGAUUCGAUAAGCGAAAUCUUGAGAUACAUUCACAUUGCUUUGCUAUGUGUUGAUGAAAAUGCACAGACGAGACCGAUUGUGUCUCUACUCUUCUACCUGAACCAACAAUUGGUAAUCGAUUUCUUGGAGAGGAAGAAACCUAUAUCUCUUGGACAUAGCUCUAAUCACCCACGUCUUCACAAACACUGUCUUCGUCUUCGUCUUCUACUCUUCUCCAUGGCCAUUACAUCGUUACUCGAUAUCGUUCUCCGAAGAAGAAAGAAGAAAUCUACUGAACUAAUCACUACUGGUUUCAAAAACAUUUUCGUAUACGAUACCAUUAGAACUGCAACUGAUGAGUUCUCGCAUCAGAUUGCUCAAGAUCAGUAUGGUUCUGUUUACAAGGGUAAGCUUGAAAGCGGACAAGAAAUAUCAGUGAGGAUAGUUUUACCUAGAUAUCAGAUAGAGUUUCUUGAUGAAAUCAAUCUUUUAUCAAAGCUUAGGCACAAGAAUCUGAUCCACCUUCUUGGUUUCUGCUCUGAAAGAGACCAAAAUUUCCUUAUUUAUGAGUUCAUGCCUAACUCAAGCCUUGGUGGUUUGAUAUUCGAUCCAAAUAGAGAUUCUCAUCUAAGUUGGGAAAUGUGUCGAAACAUUAUUGAAGGCAUAGCUCGAGGGUUACGUUACCUUCAUGAAGAAUCCGGCUUGCGGGUCGUUCACCUCAACAUUAACCCUACAAACAUUCUAUUGGAUGCCGAUUUGGAACCGAAAAUCGCAGGGUUUAGAUUCGCGAGGCUGAUUCAAGAGGACGAAAACGAAGGAGAAUCAAGUAACCUUAUGGGUACUGUGAGAUUUAUAGCUCCAGAAUACCAUCAAACCUUGCGUUUCUCUGUCAAAUGUGAUGUUUAUUGCUUUGGAGUUACCAUCUUGACGAUCAUAAGAGGAAGAAGCGCUGAUAGUUUUGGCCAUCUAGAUCCAAUCGGAGAUGUUAGGACAUGUUGGAAAAGUGGAGAAGCCAUCGAUGUGAUCCAUGAAGUGAUGAGAGAAGUAGAAACAGAAGAUUCAAUAAGAGAAAUCUUGAGAUACAUUCACAUUGCUCUACUCUGUGUCAAUGACAAUCCAGAGACAAGGCCGAGUUUAGAUAAAGUUCUUCAUUGGUUUAGUUGUUUCUCUACUCCUUUGCCUGAACCAACAUUUGGUAAUCGAUUUCUUGGAGAGGAAGAAACAAACCAGUCCUUGUCGCCAUCUCUAUCUCCCGGACAUAGCUCUCUUAUGUCACCCGUGUCUGCACGGUAAGGAGAUUAAGCAUGAUGGAAUAAGUUUAGCUCUGUUUAUUGUAUUGAUGAGACUUUAUAUGCUGAGAAUUAUUUAUCGGUUAGUCUUGCAAAAGAGAUGUACAAACCACAUUACAUUUAAAUUCAAAAAGAGGUGAAAAAUCAUGUUUUGUUUUUUGAGACUAGUCUUUGACUUAAAUUCGUACUAGGAGG